AUGCAUUUGGAUACGGUACCUCAUUUUUGCCGCUCGCUCUCAUCUCCUCUUUCAACGUUCAACGUCCAAUCCUCCUCCACUGCAACAAUCGAGCGAAUGGAGAAAGUUGGAAAUCGUGGGAGGCGCACCAAACCUAAGGACUCGGCUGGUCCGUCGAAAAAUAUGAAUUUGGGUUCCAUCGACUCUGCUCUUGCUCCUGGACUGGAAGGAAACGACGCAAGAAGUGCAAAGGGGCAGAAAACCCACGCUUCACUCGAUACAAGCAGAACGAAUACCGCUGGUAUGCUAGUCGAUGGACCUACGGGCUUUCGCCCUCCACUAGACAGUAAUCCCGCCUUGUGUGAAGAUCUUGUUACCUCUUCCAACAGUGCCACACCCAAGAUUUCAGGCCCUUCAGGCUCCGGCGUCUUAUCAGCGCCUGUACACCACGCAGGGAUAGGUGAACGGUACUGUUCUCAACAUGCUCGCCCAUUGGGUGGCGUGGGCCCCAUGGCCAUUACAGGUAACGGCCGCGAACCGGGAGAAAACAACUUUUUUCCAAAUGCUCAUGACUUUGCCAUCAGCGGCGGCACGUUCAACCUUAUCAAUAAUCACGAGGACGAGGCUACGAAGACUUUACAGGUCGAUGCUAUUGUCCUCUCGGAUCACAAACUUGCUUAA